AUGAAGUCCGGCGAGGGCAGAGACAGGAUUGCCAAAGCAGAGAAGGUGAUUGCAUUUGAGAUUGAGGGUGCAGGCAUUGACGGUAUUAUGCCCUUUUCUUGUUAUCAAGGGACCUCGUGCAUGAAGUCACUACUUGAACAAUGGGCAGUUGCUGAUCAGCUUGGAGAGAAGAAUGAGCAACGACGGGACUCCUCACAUGAAUCCCAAGGCCUUGACUCUGAAGCCAUCUCUGAAGCAUGCACUGUGACAACUCGAAGUGAUGAAGGGUACCAUUCGCAACACAACCCUGACACCAGCGAUGAGGAACUGCUGCAAGUCAUGCGAGAAAUCGACUCCAGCUUCAAGUGUGUCCUUAAGUCUUUCAGGAAACACCGGCGGUAUUUGCCACGGGAUGCUGAUCUCAAGAAAAUAAUGAAAGAUCAGCGUUUUCUUGUCUCCGAUCAUGCAGAGUCUCUGUCAUCACAUAAUUCAAAUUCCAUUGAUGAACGUCUUAGAUCAUCCAAGCCAUUCUGCCUGGAGAUAGCUCUUGAAAUUAACAAAAAGCUUGAAGGCAUCGAGGACAUUACCAUGCGACUUCCUCUGGGGACUAAGGCAAAAGGAUAG